AUGUCACCAUCAGUGCCAUCAUCAGCUCAGCCACAAGCAGCCGCGGAUCAGAGCUCCGCCCCCACAGACGCCCAGGAUGACAACUGGGGCGAAACCACCACAGCGGUCACCGGAACUUCAGACCACAGCUUGUCUCAAGAGGAUUUGGCUGGCUUCGGGAAGGAGACGGAAGGUCCAGUAGAGAAACUGAACUGUGUACGCUUCCUUCCUUUGGCCCUCACCCUUGUCCUGGGCCUGCUGGUUCUGAUCACCCCACUGUCCUUCCUGGUGCUGCCCCAGCUGAUGUGGCCGGAGCGCCUGCAGGCUUGUGGUACUGCCUGUGAGGGCCUGUUUCUUUCGCUGGCAUUCAAGCUCCUCAUUCUGUUGCUGGCUGGUUGGGCGCUGCUUGUGCGACCGGCACGAGCCUCCCUGCCCCGGAUAGCAGUGUUCCGCGCCCUGCUGGGGUUACUCACGCUCCUCCUGCUGCUCUCCUACUGGCUGUUCUUUGGAGUGCGCAUCUUGGACUCGCAGGAUGAGAACUACCAGGGCAUAGUGCAGUUUGCAGUAUCAUUGGUGGAUGCUCUGCUGUUCAUCCAUUACCUGGCAGUGGUUCUGCUGGAGAUCCGACAUCUGCAGCCCUGCUUUUCUCUCUGUGUCGUGCGCUCCACCGAUGGAGAGACUCACCACUAUAACCUGGGACAGCUCAGCAUUCAGCGGGCAGCCCAGGUAAUUCUUGAACACUAUUAUAAGGAUUUCUCAGUCCACAACCCUGCCCUACUGAUGGCUGCAAAGUCCAGGGCAGCUAAACAUCUGGCUGGGCUAAAAGUCUAUAAUGUAGAUGAGUUUAAAGCCAAACUGAAAAGCUAUCUUUUCGAUUGUGCUGGUAGCGAUACUGCAACAGCUCAAUCUCGGGCUAAAAUAGCAGCUGCCGCACGACAGAGAGACGCCAGCCACAAUGAGCUGUACUACGAGGAAGCAGAGCAUGAUAGAAGAGUCCGAAAGCGCAGAGCACGGCUGGUGGUGGCAGUAGAGGAGGCGUUCACACACGUUAGACGGCUGCAGGAGGAGGAGAAAAAGAAGCUGCCAGGAGAUGAGAUGGAUCCACGUGAGGCAGCGCAGGCCAUCUUCCCCUCCAUGGCUCGAGCACUGCAGAAAUACCUGCGCACCACCCGUCAGCAGCACUGCCACAGCAUGGACAGUAUUCAGGCCCAUCUGGCAUUCUGCAUUACAAACAACAUGACUCCAAAGGCAUUUCUGGAGAGCUAUCUGAUGGCUGGGCCCACACUGCAGUAUACGAGAGAGUGCUGGCAGACCCGGCAGUGGAGGCUGGUCAGCGAAGCGUCUGUCACCAGUCCCCUCCGUCACGGCUCUGAAUUCCAGCUCAAAUCAUCUGACUUCAGCUUAGUGGUCACCAGCAAAGCUAUCCCUCACCUCAAACUCCGUGAGGAGUACGUCCACCCCAAAUCUCACAAGUUUGUACUACAACUGCAGUCUGAGACCUCCGUCUGAUGGAUUCGGUUGCUUUUGUUUGGUUUGGUUUUCUGCACCUGUAAAUUUUGGACUAGUGCUAUUUUGUUUGAAAUUCUUUUUCACUUUUUCACAGUUUAUAAAUGGCAUUUUACAUAAUGGAUGUAUUUUGAUACAAUAUUUGUUAUUACCAAGAACAGAGAAGGGAAAAAAACAAACAAAAAAAUAUAUACAUGUACUGUGUGUAUCUGAUUACCUAGUGCUGACUGGUGUGAUUGUGCUGCUUGUCUGUAUGGUUCUUACUUCAUAGAACAAAUGCUAAUUACAAACUGUGAUAAGCAUCAGACUGAGGCAUCAUUGGUAAAGCUUUUGCAAGAAGAUGUUGUUUAGGAUAUCUAUGUUUGUGAGACUUUUUUUUUUCUUUCUUUUUUUUUUCAGUUUAUCACAACAGAGCUGGAAUUGCAUAAGAUCUAGUAAGGUCACAAA